UCCUUCAAACAAAGCAUCCCAACAAACGAUCUCUCAACUCUUUCUUGAUCUCAAAGUGUCAUCGCCAUCCAGUAUAACAACCUCACUCGAGACAUCAUCAGACGUCGUCUCUGAUCUCAAACAUUCUACCGAUAACAUAUCCGUACUUCGACCACUCCCAUCAACAUGUGUUUUUUCGAUCAGUGCCAAUUUGUCUGUGGUGACUACAAGUGGGGCCACUUUCGACAACAUUGUGCCAAAGAAUACCGUACAGGCGAGACCUGCGGCAUGAAAUUGGUCAUGACCACAUACCAGAGUCACGAGAGGUGCAAGAUUUGCACGAAGAUCGAAACAAAAUGGGGCCGUAUCCAGAAGGAGCAGGAGCGUGUACUUCGAUGGAAGAAGGAAAACGGAAAGAGUCGCCAACACUCAAUCGAGGCGUCAGAGGAAAAGAUCCGGGACCUGCAACAAGAGGUCAAUAAUCUCGAAUGGCAACGCUCGCAGAAUGCUUUAGCUUUGUGAAAGUGAAACUUUCCACAUAACACGAUAGUACAGAACUAGCGAACUAUUUUGUCGCGUUUCGAAUUUUUUUCAUAGGGUUGUCUUUCUUUUGAUGGAGUGAAAUGAUGGAACGGAAGAGUGGUCUUUCAUUUAAGGAUAUAUUGGAAAUGAUUGGUCUCUGGAGACAGAUGAAGGAAUUGUUUUGGAAUUAGAUAGUCUCACGACUUAACGAUGAAACGAUCAUUUGAACAAGUUCC